AUGAAUAAUAGAAUCUUUAGAUUUUAAAAUAUAAAUAUUUUAGCAUAAGCUUUAACAAAUAAGAUUCAUGAAUUAGAAUUUUAAUCUAAAAAAGGAAUAAAAUACCCAUUUGGAAACAAUGAGGAAUUUGUUGUGAUUGGAUAAAUGAUAUUAGAAUUUUAUUUCUCUGAUUAUCUGAUUUAGAGAGGGUAUUUCAUUACAUUAAGUAGAUAUCCCAACAAAGAUUCCUCAAUUAAAAAGCCCAGUGAUAUAGUUUAGCUGAGAUAAAGAUUACUUAAUGAGAAAAAUUUGGCAGAUAUUGCAUUACAAUAUAGUUUACCUAAUAUUGUCCAAAUAGGUAAUCAAACCGCUUUAAAAAGAAAUCCUAAGAUUCUGGCUGAAUCAUUAAAAGCCAUUUUGGCAGCACAAUAUUACGAUUCUGGAUUUGAUUUAGAACAUGUUAGAGAAAUAACUUAACCUUUAUUUAAGGAACUCUUAGAUAAAGGUCAGAAUAUCCCAAUUGCAGAACUAAAAUAGAAUGCCAAGUCAUCAUUUCUUGAAUUCAUCAACAACUUUACGGAUUUGAAACCAAAGGUAUCAAUUGAAUGGAAAAAAGAUGCAAAUUCAGCUAAUGUUUUCAAGGUUCAAUUAGAAUUAGAUUCACUCUUAAAUAUCACCAGGACUGGUAUAAAUAAGAGAUAAACAGAAUAACUUGUAUAUCACGAAGCUUUGAUGAAAUUAAAAUAGAAAACGACAAAUUAAUACAAUUUACCUUUGAAAAGCGAAAUUCAAAAAAAUGUCUAAAACAACGAAUCCUCUGAAUAAAGCACAAUCAUUUAUGAAUUAGAGAGAUCAAUUCUUAAUGAUAGUCAGACUUUUGAAUUUUCAGAAGUGUAUGAAUUCAGCAAUACAGAUUAUUAAGAAUCAUUGAGUAAUAAAGUAGAGCAAUUGCUUGAAAAAUUAGCAUUUUGA